AUGGUUGAAAAAAAUAACAAAUUAUUUUUUAUUAUAUUUGUUGGCUUCAUUCUUUUAAUAUGUAACUUGAAUUAUUUUUAUGAGAUUGCAACCUUUGGUGAAUCAUGGAAUAACAAAAAAGGAAAAAGAAUUGUAUUAAAUGAAAGGACUAGCAGAUUAUUAUUACGGGUAGAACCAAGAACUACUUCAAGACUAACACAGACGGGUUCCAAAAAUAUGGAACAAGAUAUAUUAGAAGAUGAAAUUAAUUUUUCACAAUGUUCAAAUGUAACAUUAAAUGAUAGAAUUUUUCCAAAAGAACCUAAUGCCUUAGUGUAUAAUUACCAUUUUAAAAAACCAUCUUGUAUGUCCGAAUUUGAUGAUGAUUUUGAACUAUCAGAUGUAACACUUAAUGAAUAUGAUAAGGAUUUCAAAUCACAAUCGGAUAUAUCUGAACCAGAAUUAUUUGACAUAUUGAAGUCUGAUUCUGGUUUUAGCAAAUAUUCCAAUAUAUUGGGUAAUUGUAAAUUUUUAAAAGAUACAGAUGCACAUGUUAAAUCAGAGUUAAUAAAUUCAUCGAACUCUAAUUAUAAUAACCAUUAUAAGGUAAAACCUAGAACUAUAUCUUCACGAUUAAAAAAAAUUAUAAAGAAACAUACGUUUCUAUCCGUAUUUAUGUUAGUUACAAUGUUAUUUUUAUUCUAUAAAGUGGUAAAUAUUGGAACCCUAACAAAUAUAUCCUGUUUCUUGGGCUUUUUUAUAGCAUUUUAUUUUGGUUUUGUAUUAAUUAAAAAUAGUAAAAUGGCUAAAAUUAAAAAAGCACAAUAUGAUCUCAAUAGAUUUUGGAAUAGAAAAUGA